GAACAUUGAGGAGGUACACAAACGCCCGCUUCCAUAAUUCGUCGGUUUGUUUGUUGUAAAUUAACGUAAAGAUCACAAUAUAAUUACAAAUUGUUGUAUUUAUUACUCCUCGGAUAUACCGUUAACGUAUCGCCAGAAUAUGACAACGAGGGAAAAUUGUUCUACAUUUACUAUCCCUUGCGAUUUUGGCAAGCGGCACGGUAUAACGGCAUCUUGGAUCACAGAGGAUAAAAUUUCGGUCACUGCCUACAGUAAUCAAUUGCUGCAGUCCAUCAAUAAUCGUCAAUCAAAUACCUCGUCCGUAAAUGUGUUUCAUCUGUCUUCCAAUUUUAUAUUGGAUGAGCCGAUCCUCCGCAGCUUAGUCACAGAGUGCAGCAAUGUUUUCCUUAAUCUGCAACUGGUCAAAAACAGUGCAUCCGGUGCGUCGAUUGAUUAUUUGAAAAUUUCGCGCAGUUAUCGCAGUGCGAUAAGAGCUUGUUUGGAAAAGUUGCAGGAUCUGCUGACCAACACAAAACUACCUGAUUCAGAGCAGUACCAGAACUAUGUAACUAUUUUCUAUUCAGUGGAAUGCAUUUGGCAUUUAAUCGAAAUACUGAUUAUUGAUACUAGUUCGGUCAAUGCCGUGGUACCUAAUCUGUUGGAUUGGGUACGAUUUCACUUUCCGACUGCGGAACGGUUGGCUGCCGAAUUGCUUCAGCAGGGGCGGGAGGUUGAUUCCAGUGAUGAUUACUGGCCGGUAUUGAAAGGUUUAAUCGUUCAGGGACAGCUCAAUGUAGCUCGAGCGUUGCUCAAAAUGCACACGAAUUCGGAAAGUGUUUGCUUCGAAGUAGCCGAACAGGUUCUGCAAACUAUGCCGGUAUUUAGUGUUUAUGGUGGGCUAUCAGUGCAAAAGUUUAAAUCCCAGUGGCAAUAUUGGACAGCAAAUGCGAGGUCGAAAAUUGAUGCUGGUAUUUUGGCGGUGGAGCCCGAGCUAGAGGAAAUUAUCAAGCUUGUUAUUGGUGAUCGUCAAACAUGGGCUGAUCAGUGCCAGUAUGCUUCAUGCUGGUAUGAAUUUUUCCCAGGAUAUCUUUUUUACACGGAAUCUACGUGCAAGUAUUACGAACUGGGUACUUUUGCUAACAACUGGUUAUCUCAGUGGAUUAGUAUUGGUGGGACAAAUCCCACAUACAAGAACCUAGACAAAAUUAUUCUUUCGGUCAUGGAGAACAAUUUGCCACAAGUGUUGCACAACAUACAGAACAUUUGUGAUAACAAAUGGUUCGUUACUCAUCUGGUAGAUUUGCUGUAUCACUGCGGCCAUCUCACGCUUUCCACCGGUAGCAACGAAGAUCAGGAUUCGGAAAAAUUGUUCCGCGAGUCACUGUUGUACGAUUUCGGCUGCCUGCUGAUGUCUCGCAACUGUUCCCUGUGGGAAGCGGGUUUGGAUUAUUUGGAGUUCUCUAGUACCGAAGGUUUGGGCGCACGGGAGGCUCUACUGGCCCGCAUUCCAAUCAAGAACGAAAAACAAGCGAUGAAACUAAUUGGUGUGGCCAAGAAAAAUGGUUUCGUUUCGGUGGAAAGCGAAAUUUGCAAGGUGCUGGUGAAGAAAAAUCUAGCUAACAAACUGUACGGAAAUGCUCUGGAGUGGUCGAUUCGUUCGAAGGAUAGUUUUUACGUGACGGCGGUAGCGAACAUAUUCCUUGAGCACUACUGUAACUAUGGAGAAAUUCUGUGCGAGGACGUUAUCGCAAACAUCGGCGCCAAGAUGUUCAUUUCGCCUAGGUUAAUAUUUUUGGUUAAAUAUUACGAUUUUCGUCAGUUCUAUCUUGAGCGAUCAUUCGCACAGGCUGCGGAAUUGUUAAUUAACCUUCUGGAUUCAAAGAUCACUCCCAGUUAUUUCUGGCCGUCACUUUUGGCAGAUACUAUUCCGUUACUGGAAUUUAAGGAACCGGUCAUCCCAACCAAGGAAACCUACACAAUUCUGCAUCAUCUGGAGUGGGAUUUGGUGCCCAUGAUGGAAAAACGCAAGGAACAAUUAAAGGCUAACAAACGGAUGGAAACCGAUAUCGACAUGACCGACAUUGACAACCAAGCGUUGAUAAGCAAGUUUUCGUCCAAUUUAUUGAAUAACUGUACCGAAGAUUUAGUUAAGCUGUUGCGGCUGGCUUGUGCACGUAAUUUGGCACGAGCAUUUAUUAUUGAGAAUACGGUUGCUGAUUAGGUAGGUCGGAUGUUUCACGUUUUUUUCUGUCUGAAUAAAUUCCACUAAGCCAUUAAUUUGAUCUUCUGUAGUUUGACU